AUGGACAUGCCACCGGACCACACCAUGCUGCUUGCGGAGCAGGUCCGCGUCUUGCGAGCCACGCUCCUAUUUGCCCCGACACCAGACUCUUGGGCGACUUGUGAGCAGGCGUGGUCUCAAGCUGUUGCUCUGGCCACGGAGACUGUCCGCCUCCCACCGUCAACACCAGGACGCCCGGCUCCAGACGUCAACUCCGACAACGCGACAGAGAUCCAGCGUCUCUACCGCAGGAACCGCCUACGUGCCGUGCACCUGAUCAUGAAGGGACCCACACGGUCCUGUACCAUCCCUACACGCGACAUCCAGGACCAUUGGGCCUCCACCUGGUCACCUCGAAAGGCGGACACGUCAGCGCCGUUCCGACCCGCGCCUCUUGUUCCGGUCAGCAUGGCGUCGUUCUCGACAUACGAGGUUCUCCUCCGGCUCCGGAAGUCAGAGAACACGGCUCCCGGUCCCGACAGACUGAGCUGCCAGAACUGGCGGUCCGUCGUUCUGGAGGCCCACUUCCUAUCUGCCCCGUUCAACGCCUGCGUUCACCACCAUCGCAACCCGGACUCAUGGCGAACGUCGCGCACGGUUUUGAUUUACAAGAAAGGUGAUCCCUCUGUCCCGGGCAAGUGGCGCCCGAUUGCACUUGGCUGUACUGCCUCUAAGCUCUACGCCAAGUGUAUUGCGUCGCGCCUGCAAACCUGGAUCAUGGAUCACCAGGUCUUGUCCAAGUGCCAGAAGGGCUUCCUCCCAUAUGACGGCGUCUUCGAGCUAAACUACCUCUUCCAGCACUGCAUGGACGCAGUCAAAGCCUAUGGCAUGGAGCUUUCCACCGCCCUUCUGGACUUCCCAAAUGCCUACGGGUCCGUUCCACACAAGGCCCUCUUGGAAGCCCUUCAAGGUUCCGGUGCCGGAGAGACGUUCGCCGCCCUCAUCAAGGACCUUUAUGAAAACAACCAGACUGUCAUCGGCUGCCCGCUCAGCGGGUUGCUCUUCAACCUGGUUAUAGACACGGUGGUUCGAGGCGUCCUAGGCACAGGCGACGACCACAACAUCCUCGCCUAUGCCGACGACCUGACGCCCCUGGCCGACUGUUCCGCCCUUCUCCAACAACGCAUCGACAUGGUCGAGAUGCCGGCAACACCAAUCGCGCUAUCCCUUAACCCGAGCAAGUGA